GUUAUUAUCGCUGCAUGAUUAGUUUGCUCUCCAUGUAAAUGGUCGGCUUCGAAUGGAAGAAAAGACUAACUAUUAGUUAUUUUCAUUCAAAGACCCGUGGUGGAAACGGGAUUUACCUUCCAGCCUCGACUUUCAGUUCAUGGAUCGUGCAAAAAGGCUAAAUCAUGAGUCACAUUUUUCGGGAUAUCGCAGGUAAAGAAUAAUCACCUUAAAACUGAAACACCGACACCGUGAGGGAUACGAUCAUACUUUCAAAUUAUUUUAACAAAUGUGUAUUAUAUUCAUUUUAAUUCAUAACAGUCAGCUGAUUUGACAACAAGAUAUUACGUUGUUUUUAUUUCUGUGGGACGUGAACGAUCAAGCAUCCUCAAUGAUUUCUUUAACUAAAUGAAAGUGGUCGAAUGGGGUUUUACUAUGUUGCUCUUCCAUGUUUCAGAUCAUAAUUUUAAGGUUAACUGGAAACUGCUUUAGCUAAAACAAAAGUGUAAGGGACUAUCAUUGAAAUCAAUCUGAUCAAUCUUGUUGUAAGCUUGGUUUUCGAAUUCCUUUUAAUUUUUCUCUCAAAAUUAGUUUGAAGGGUUUAAAAUGAACACAGUUCUCUUAUAUUAUGAAUUAUGACGAGCGGUAGACUCGUUGUACAGCCAUUGAGAAAUUAAACGACAUCAAAAUAGCAGUCCAUUGUCAGUGUAUUUUCAUUAAUAUAAAUUGAUAUGCAAAUCUAAAUGACGUCCGUAAAAGACAACUGUGGUGACUCAGUGACGUCUUUAAAUUCUGAUUUUACUUUAAUAUAAUGAGAUCGACUAUGAAGAUACCUUGGCAAAUUUAUAUUCUUCAGACUUCCCUGUCAUAUAUAGCCACUCUUGACGUGCUUUAUAGAGUCACAAGAAUACACAGCUGGUAUCGAUGUAAGAGCAAAGAAACUGAAAAGCUAACAGCAAUAAUCUUAUCAUUUUCACGACCAAUUUCCUUGGACUAGAAAGAAAGAGCUAAAAAAGUGGCAUGAAGUCAAAACUUUUUUGCUGCUAGCGCGAUCGGCGAACCUCUCUGCGUUCGACUUAUUUAAAUUUAGGGUUGUGAUAUCGAUCAUGGAAAAUUGAUUUUCCUUUGACCGAAAGACCAUUAUUUUCUUUUUAAUGCAAAUUUAAUUAAUAUCGCUUGGACCUAGAAGCUACGCAAUCAAAUUGGUGACAUAAUUAGUUGCUACAUGGUUCUGUUUUUGUCUAAGAAAAACAUUUGAUUAGUGUUUGUGUCGCUAAAGUUUUUUUUCUGCUUUUAGCAUUGCCAUCUUUCGCGGUCUGAGUAUGUGUUUCGCAUGGGUUACUAAAGAAAAUUAAUAUUUGCUUUGUAAGUUUACGCUGAUGCGGAAAACGUCAUGAAACAGCUGAGGAUAGUUUAGCGGCCGUUUUCAGAUUCACUUUUUAUUUUGUAGCAAUAAUAACAUAGCCACGUAUUCAGACAUAGUUUGAAAGAAUUCAUUGGCUCUGAGAAAUAAGCAUUAAUAAUGACCAUUAAAUUGAAAAUCUAGUGUUACCAUUAAACCGAAGAUGUCAUUGUGGUGUUCGAGUAUUACAAGUGGACUCCAUGGAACUUGAUUCCGGUUGUCUUUCAUAGCACUAACACAACAGUCAAGAGGUGAGGAACUUCGUAAUUAUUAGUUGGUUGAUUCUCGAACCUCCAUCACUCGACGGAGUAAUGUUUCAUAUUUAUAUAUGCAAUCUUUGUGAUUGUUCGUGCAACUACUGCAGACACCUACGUCGACGGAUAUGGAGGAUCAAAAAAGACGUAUAUGUAAGUUUAUUGAAGCUUCGAUCGAGUUUGCUCCAUAAUAUUUUGAAACAUCGUUAAAAAAUAACUGCCUCUGAAUUUCCUGACCUAGGAAAAAAAUAAUCGGUCAUGAUUUUUCAGCUUUUUGUAAAUACAAGAAACCAGAACGCAGGCUGAACAAUCGUAUUCGAAAAAAUAUGCUAAAGCGAAUAAAUAAAACCUCUGUCUGUAUGUACGUCUGCAAAGGUAGGUAACGGUCAAUGUAUUUGGGUUCCAUUGAAAGUCAACCCCAAAAAAGUACUACGUUUUCUUUCCGUGUUUUCCUUCUACCCCAAAAGGAACGACAGUCACACCCGUACACUUGCUAAACUCACGAUAACCUUAAGAACCUUAUAAGCCAUGAGUAUAUUUACAACUCAUACAAAGAUGAAUCAAAUUUGUUCGGUCGAUUAUUCUUUUUUGCGCAAGCAGCAGUAGAUUAUCCAUGCACUUGAUGUCUACAUUCACAUCAUUUGGAAAUUUAUAGGUUUAACUGGCCCUAAAAAUGGCAGAAAUCAGUUUCGUAUUCAGCUUGCGUUAUUAGGAAUGUGACAAAAAAAUAGAAAUCACCGCAAUAAAUGUUCCGUCCGUAGUAAUUGUCAUUUAAAGCUACUUUAACACCCCAAACAAAGCGAAGUUUAUUAAAAGAAAUUCUGUUUUCUUUGUACACUUAGCAUAAAAAAAUUUAACAAUCGACGAAAUACGUACGCUUUUUACAAAAUAAAAGCAGCUUUUUUCCUCGAACUUAGGAGCCGAACCAUUGACAAAUGGUGGUUUUCGAUUUGUUUUUUUAUGUGAUAAAUUUUCUAACAUUGAGCUUAGUUUCCUUACUGUUACUGUUGUCAUUAUUGACAAGAAGGUUUUUUCCGUCCGUUAACUCAUAUUCGGAUGGGAUGUUUAUCUCAUUUGCAUAUUUUGAAGAUUUAAGGGAGCAUCAACAACAAUUCUGUUGUUCUUUUGCCCGCGUUACAAAGGCUGCCAGUGCGUUGUCAUGACAACACAGGCAGCGCGCACAAUACAGACUCGAUCGUAUAAACUGAAUGAAUUUUGAGAUGCUGUAAAAAAUUAGUCGCAUUCUGUUUUCUACUCAGUUUUGCUUUGAAAACCAUCUCGGUGAUACGUGACUCUUACAUCGUCAAAAAACUUUAAAUGGUGCUUGCCCGUUUGCAAAUUUCACACAUUAAAGUCAUUAAUUGAAAUUGAGAGCCAAUCAUGUCACUUCGAGGAAAGCGGUUUAAGAAGUUGGAAAGCAUCAAUUUAGGGCAUCGAUUCAGCGUUGCUGUAAGACGAGAGGAUCUUCUCGAUUUCACAUAAAAACUUUUACAAGCGUUGUUUUUUUAGGCGAGUGCCUUUCAUUGAAGUCUUUGUUGCCCAGAGACACGUGCACCGGUUGUUGUAUUUAUGUGAACUUGAAACCACCUGCAGCAUCUUAUUGGUUUCCUUUCAGAGAAAAUGUUUUACGAUUGGUCGGUUUUCCGCAACAGCUGUCAAGAUGAGCUGCACAAAUGAACAUUAUUCUCUCCAACCAACAUCAAAUGCUCGUUGUGACAAAACUUCUCUCAUUUGUUUACAAUGGCAGCAGCGAAGGUGCAAUCUCUUCCAGUAAUCUCAAUCGGAAGGUAAUUUUUGUUUUUUGGCCUUUUCAAGGCCUUUUCAGAUGUUGGGAAAUGGGAACCGGCGCUAGCAGCGGAGGAUCACAGGCAGGAUCGAAUCCAAAUGUCAAGGAAAGCCUUUCAUCGAACGAAUCGGAGAAUAAAUCGUCAAGAAAAACUUCCACUGUUUCGAAGAAACGCUCAAACGGCUUCAUUACAUUGAGCUAUGAGCCUACUCAUACUCCGCUCGCUCGGAAGCGAGGGUACAUCAAAGAGGGAUUUCCAGUUCACGGUCUUAUUCAAGACAAAUAUUUCCUGAUAAAAGAUCACUUUGACGGAAUAGACAAACUAAAGACCUUGGACAAGUAUGGGGCGCCGAAUUUUCGCAAGAGUCAAGGACCCUAUCCCGUGUAUGGAAUGGGUCAGCCUUCCAGGGACGGUUUAGCUCAUGUUAUUCAAACCUUAGUCGAAAGUGGGCAUAAAGUAAGUAUAAGCCAUUAAUUUUAUGAUAGCUACAAACGCAUCUGCAGAUCUUUAUCGACUUUCAGGGCAUCCGAAGCGUUUAAGAAACCUUUUUGUGCACUGCGAUUGUUUUCAGCUCUUCUCAGUAAUCUAGCUGUAAAAAGCACUGCGGGUUGAUUUAGAUCUCCUAUUUGAUUUUCCAUCCCUCAAUGGAGAAUUAAAUACCUUUAUUUUCUGAAAAAAAAAGCGGUCGUCAUCUAAUCGAAAAUUUACAUGACGAAAUUAAUUUUUUUGAGGGCUCACAGACCAAGUGAAUUUACGCAGAUAUCGGUUUCCGCCGUUUCUUAGAGAUAACUAGUAGUUAGUCACGUCACAGCCGGAUUCCGUUUCGCUGUACAACACACAGUAAACAAAAUAUAAGAUGGAUUCUUAGGAAAAAAAGAAAAGCCCUUCAUUUAGGGUUGAAUUUACAAUUACAGUUUUCGUAGGGUUCAGCGUAAUAAAACCUUCAAAGGAUUCUCAGCGGGAAGUGUAUUUUUCUCAGUCUUUUUCGCCAAAAUGAUAACAAGGAACUACUUGUAUUUUGUCUAAAGCAUUUUAUUCGCUGCGUUACAGAAACAAAAUUAAGUUUUCUUGUGCAAUCGUCGUUAUAAAUUGUAAAUAUUUUUUGUCUAAUCAAACCCUAAAAAUUUAAUUCUUCUAGUUAAAUAAAUAAACUCUGAAAAAUCUUCAAGAGAAGUCUGAUAACAAAUUAGAAAUAUUUAUCUGUAAGGUAUACUUGGCAAUCGCUAAAAUAUUAAAAUUCUGGCGGGAAUACUGUUUAUUGAUGACAGUUCACAUAGCAACGUCAAAAUUUCAUAACUUGAAGAAGAAUUUAAAGGUGGCGCCUCUCUUAUAAAAUCAGCUACAGUAGAAGCAAUUAAUGUGGAUUGUUUUAGCACCUUAGCGUUUUCUGGGAUUUCAUUGUGAACUGACUGAUAAAGAGCAGAUAGAAAAUAAUAAUAAUGAUAAAAAAGAGGAAACAAGUUUUCGAUCGAGGUUACACAGCAUGAUUUAAAUAAACAACAACGGUUUUCCCCACACUGAAGAAGGAUAAUACACCCGAAUCGUUUGUCGAUCAAUGUUAAAAGGAAAAACCGUCAGGGAUGCUUGAGUCUUGUAGUUAGAUAACUGAUGAAGUGAUAUUCGGUAAAGAAAUAUAAAAAGUGUCAAAUCUAACAAACACAAACGUUUCAGGUGUAUGCUAUAAGAAAAUUAAAAAGAUUAGUAUUCGAACCUCUUGUUGUCAUAAGCGCUGAAGCAUUAACCGGACUCCAAGAGGGCACUUUUGGCCUGGCUGUAAAAACUUUCUGUACUACAUAUGCAUAUCUACAAAGCCAGAAAUGAUAAUGUCACGCAAAAGGCAAUGUUCAAAUCAGACACCAAAUGAAUUUUAUGUUAUUAAAAACGUACACAUCCUACUCUCUUAAAUACUGUAUUUUUUUGCUGUUAGUUAUGUCUGUAUUUUCUUUAAAAAUUUAUGCUUGCCAAUAGAUCCCGAAUAGAUUCCGUUAAGAUAACUAUUUCCCGAAAGUCAGAGACAGUCAAAGGAAUUAGAGGAAGAGCUUCAACGUUUAUCACCCAACAAUGAGGGCAACUAACGCUGGGAUACAUAAAGAACGAGAAAUUUAGUUUUGUAGUUUGUUGGCAGUUACAGAAGUUUUCUGCCGGCCGUUAAUAGGGACCUUACGAUCCGACAACGGCGACGUCCAUUAAAACAUCGCUGAAUAGACUUCGCAUCCUUUUAAACUUUUUCGCGAUUAUCCCAAUUCGUCCUGUUACUUAAAAGAAGGGAAUUUUGGUUGGAGCUGAAGAGAGGGGACCGCGCCCGAGUUCAGACAGAGAUGGUAGAAUUUAUCGCCUUGCAGUUCCCGUUCUCAAGUAAACUUAAAAUUUGGUCAUUUCACGUCGUAGUUGUGUAGAGAAAGCGAAGGAAAAAAGCGUGAUGCAGGUGUAGAGUUGUUGUUUUGCUCAUUAAACCUAUUGCUUUUUUGACGUUCUCCUUGCCGUCGCCGUCGUAGUUUCGUAAGAUCGCUAAUGCCCAGCGCGCCCGCGUGAGCUUUCAUGGCACUACUGAAUCUUGUCAAAGUGAAAACUUUAUUUCUUUUCGUAAGAUCCUAAGAAAUAAAUCGUGCUGUGCAUAAGUUCCGCCAAAGAAGUUUCAUUUGAAUCGUAACACCAUAGGAUCUCGUUCAGAAGAUUCUAAAGUUUGAGGGCGGAAUUAUUACCAUGUAGGCUGGUUAAUAUAUUCUGUCUUGAUUGCUAAACAGACAGUAGCUAUUUUGAGUACAGCUAAAGUCGUAAAAGUAUGUAGAUCCCAGAUCGGCGUCUCGUUACCUUUUUUGAACUUCAUGGUAACAAAAAGUAAAGAAUUACGAAAGAAAAAGAAAAGCUGAAAUGACGGAUAUAAGUAAUCAUUGGAAUUGCCCAAAGGUUCAGUUGUCAUGCCGAAUGUCGAUUUUUUUUUCAUUGUGAUCUUCUCAAGAGUCCUCUUUAGCUUUAUAUAUACUAAAAGAACAAUAUUCACUGCUUUAAUUGUUGUUUAAUGACCUUUUGGCGGAUUUUAACGUGUUUCAACCACUUAAAUAAUUUGCCGCAAACAUUUUAACGUUAAUUAUUUUUUACACGUCAAGCUGUCAUACAGACUGCAUCUUAAUGACAAAGGGUUUUGAAAAUGAAGCUUCAUGAAAACUCGCCGUAUUAAGCGAACCCGUGUAAGCUGUCACCGCCCUUCUCUAAAGCGGUCUGCACAAGUUUUGCCAAAAUUAUGGCGGAAUUCAGUAUUGUGAACCUAAACGGGGCGACGUCUAUUAAGUGCUAACAUUGGAAUAAAUCUGUCGUCAAUUCGUCUCUUAACGGAUAGUUUUACUCGUCUAUAUUUUCUUCGUGAUUGUGUUUAGAACUGGUUGAAUCUGUAUUUUUAAUAAACUUUCAUCCUGCCACAGUCAUAUUAAACGAUCAGUUGGCCAUUACUCAAGGGUGGUCGAUUAAUACAGGUUGAACUUUACAAGCUGCAAUAUACGUUCGUAAUCAAAUUUUGAUACCGCCUAUAGAAUGCAUUUACAGCCAGCAGCCGCAAAAUGCGUUGGAAACUAACGCACUUGUAUAGUAAACUGUACUUAACUUCAUCCACUGAUGUACAUGGGGUACAUAAUUAAACGAAACUCUGGAAGGUCGUAUUUAAUGCAGCGAUGGGGUAUAUUCUUGAUAUACGCAUAUUUGAGGCAGAUUUACAAUUUCAAGAGCUGCCCAAGUAGCUGGCCAAUAAGUCCGCAGUCACUUCACUCAGUUCAAUAUUCAGUUACACUUAAAAAAGGAAAGGAAACAUUUCAAAGCGACCGUGAAUUUACUUUUUGCUUACUACAAACGAUACUUAUCAUGAUUAUAAAACCUUUUAAAUUCAUUGGAAUGGCAAAAUUACAAAAGAUACUGCAAAAGAUAAAAGUGCCUUUUUACAUAGAUUCGACGAUGUUUUGUAGCAGCCGCGUCAGUGAUUGCAGCUGCGGCCAUUUUGAUCUCCGCAAGGGGUUUAAGACCUGGGUCAACGGUGUGUUUGGAGAAUAUGAUUGAUUGGCAAUAUCUCUUACUAGAAUACCUAGAACAAAUUGGAAUUUUCCCGAAAAGUAAAUCUUGAGGUCUUCUUGUGCCUUAACGUUUAAUCAUGGUCACGUGGCAUGUCACGUGCCCAAAAAUUGAAAAUGAAGGACAUUGGUCAAUUGGAAUUGGUGGCGAAUUAUUUUGCUUUGUUUGGAUAAAUAAAUCAGCGUUUCUGAUAGAGGCUAGACAUACCUAAUGUUCUAACCUUAGAAUGAAUGUAAGUUUAAAAUUAAAGUUUUAAAUAAUUCAGUAUUAAAUUUGGGCAUUUAGAAUGAUGUUUACCCUCAUAUUUUUUUUGGAAGAGCAAUGGACGGUCGUUCCAAACGUGAAGUGUUAAAAAUAUUUAAUGUAUGAGAAAAAUGUUAUUGCUCGAUUUCUUGUCAAUUAUUUAAGAUUUUUUAUGCAAAAUGGUCACGUGACAUAUCACGUGACUUAUUAACACAAUAUUUAUAGUUCUCGCGGAGAGAGCGGCCGUUACUACCGGUUUGGUAUCCGUAGUUGCCUAGAACAAGCCUUAAACAAUUCCUAAAGACGCCAUUCAGCAUUUUUGCCCUUUGGCUUGUUUCCGUUUGUUCUCACUGCUGACCCUUUUUAGCUUCGCGAGAUUUUUGCGAUAACGUAUUUCUAGUUUAAAAUGUUAAGGACGAUGAGUUCUUAAUUUGCGUGUGCCAAAUUUUGAUUCAGCUCCAUAAUCUGUGCCGAAGAUAUAGUCAAUAAAUCAUUUCCAAGGGUAUACCUAUUAGACCCAAACCUUUCAAACUACUUGAGGAGUUAUCACAGUCCGUAGUCAGUUCCAGACCUCGCACUAGCUGCCCGCCAAUUAGCGAGUUUAACAAGACCUUUAUGAGCAAUGUGCGUCUAGCGGCGGUGGAUUUUUUGCAUUCUUGUCCAGUGGUUUUGCCAAAAGUUUUAUGGAAAAUCGUCUCUGUGAGAGAUAAGACACUUAGUAAUACAAAUUUGGCCGCGUCGAGGUUUAUUAAAGCAUUAGUUCAAAAUGACCACCACGAAGCAAAGCCUACACCCUACAGGCUACAUUUUAGUGUUUUCGCGUAAUUCUUGGCGAUAACAGACUGCAGUUCAGAAAACGGGAAAAGACGAAAGGCUUACUCGAAAGUAAUCUAAUUUCUUGUAGUGACGAAAAAUAAAUAGAUAUAACUUGAACGAGGUAAAUAAAUCAAUAAAUUAAUAAAUCAGAAAAGUAAAGAUGGCUUCGAACGCAUGCCCUAAAGAAACCUCUAAAGAACAGACGGAGCGUUCUUUUUCACAGAAGAUGACAGAUUUCGGGAGAGUUUUGAAAUGACACCUUUUUAAGUAUUUACUGUGCUACGCUGUUGUGAUAUUGGACAUCUACCUGAAAGCCAGUCUAAUGUGCUGAUGAAUUUGUUCACAGGAGAUAGUGUCGUUUAACUUACGAGAGGAACCCGUGAUAUUUGUGGGGCUAAAUCAUGAUUUCGUGCCAUACUCGCCACGAGACCCCAGUAGCCUAAAGGGAAACAUUGCUAAUCAUGGAGUAAAGCCCGAGGAACUUGCUGAGACAGAACUCAAUAUUAGAGAAGAGGUACAGUACGCUUUUAUUAACUAACAGCCCCCGGACUGACGGCUCGGAAAUUUUUUUUGAAGAUCUUGGAACAUGGCCUUCUCCGAAUCCCGGUUCUUGCAAGACAAGUUAUGCUUAGCAUCUUCAGAGAUAGCCCAGAAAAUCCAAGUUUUUGUAUGUCGAUGAAAUCAUUGUUUAAGAAUCUGAAAAGCUUCAAAAUAAUAAUAAAUCACUGCUUUGCUGGUAUAGAUGAUUUGCUUUUGCAUUUGCAAUGUUUCUUGUAUAGAGAGUUUUCACUCACUUGGCCAACAUCUAUGCAAAUUUAUUGGAACAAAAGGAAGCAUUUAUAUAUAAGAAAUUCAGCCGACGUUUCGUGACGCCACUACUGGUCCCCCGCACCACCUCGAAAAGACGUCUGAGAAACGACCUCAGAAAUUCCAUACUGAUGACGCGUCAUUACUCAAAUCUAGGUAGUGCUUCUGAUAGGCUGAAGCAAAUUUCCCACGCGGCAUGCCCAUUCAGAAGCACUACCCAUGCCAGAUCUGGGUAGUGACGCGUCAUCAGUAUGGAAUUUCUGCGCCCGUUUCUCAGACGUCAUUUCGAGGUGGUGAGGAGGACCAGUCGUGGCGUCACCAAACGUCAUUUCGCGGCGAAACCAGUGGUGACGUCGCCAAAUAUCGGCUGUUUUUUCAGGCUAAACACCAACACGUAAGACCUCCUUUACCUUGUUUUGUUAAACCAAUAUGGCCGCCGUUACGUCAUGUGUAAACGCCCUAUAUCAUUGACUUGAGCAUUACUGCUAUUAUACAUCUUAGAAUGUGACGUCAAUCAGAGUAAUGUCUAGUGAUCGUUUUUAUUCAUGUUGCAGAUAAUUAAGUUUUCCAUAGAGGAAGGUGGAAACUUUUAUUUUUAUAAUAACGUGGAAACGUUUGAGGAUGAACCUCACCUAUAUAAGGUUGCUUACGAAGAGGACCUGUGUGUACUGGAUGAGAUUUACAGUAGACAGAUAUUCCUGACUCCCUUUCUUAGGUGAGGUUGUUAUCUUUUCCUUAAACGUAUGUAUCCUUGAGAUUUAAAAAUAAAUUUACUCCUCGACGAAACAGUGUGAAACUUUUCUCGACGUUUCGACUCCCUCGUGUUGUUUUCCUCAAGAUGGCAACCUUAUUAGAUCACAUGACUGCGCUGGACACAUAACAGCAGACUGAGCACCUUGAAGCCUUGCACUUGUUGAUCGGAACAGAGCUCAUUUCUGUUCUACCUGCUCAGGUGGUUAGAAACGAAGAGAGGCGGUUGUCGGACAGGCUAAGCUUGUGGACUGUUUACCAGGACGCUUAGCCUGAACGAUCACAAGUAUGAUCGUAUCGGUUAGUGUAAUAAGGCAAAAAGGGACGAUGUUUUCCUUUGCUUGAAAUGCUAAAGAUAAUCCCCCAUAAUUUAAGAAGGAAUAUCUCUUAAAAGUAUGAUUUUAUCGCAGGUAUUCUCGAAUCCCAAUCACUGCUACAAAUGCACCCGAAGAGCAAGACUUCGAUCAGUUUAUCAGCGCCGUAAAAGAUAUUCCUCAGCUAUUCGACAGAAACUCCUCAGCUCCUUUGCCCGCCAUGGUGUUCAACUGUCACGUCGGUCAGGGUAGAACUACUACAGGAAUGGUGAUUGGCUGCUUAAUCAUGUGUCACAGGACUGGUUUUCCGGCAGAAUCGCAGUAAGUGAAACCCAGAUUUCAUAGACUUACGUGGCUGUAUCCUGUCUUCCGUCUUUGCAUGGAUUAUAAGUACAGGUAAUUAAGGUGGGCGUAAACUUGAUCAUAUCGUUUUUAGGAAAGGCCUGGAGGGGGGAAGUGCUGUACUCACAGGUUUUGUUGGAGUGGGGUGUGGCAUCUGUAACGGUAAUAUUGCCACCCUAAGCCAUUUCCAUUUCCAUAGGAGCGACAUGACCUAAGCCCAUAUAGAGUAUAUACAGUUUUACAGUACGGUGUGACUUGUUUUUUAUUUCACCGUUGUUAUUUUCAGCACAAUUCCGCUACCAGUCGAUGAAAACAAGCCAAACUUAGAAAGAGGAGAAUUUCGGCUCAUUCAGCAGCUUGUAAAGAACCUUCCUAAUGGAAGGCAGAUUAAACACGAGGUAUCAUAUCAGCAUUGCAUACGUUCAUAAUUACACUUAUUCUUAUUUCUUGUCCCAUUAACAAGAGAUUAUGUUUUUCUUAAAUCUUAACCCGUGCAAUAAAGAUUAGGGGAGAAAUUAAGAUAAUCAAGAGGGGUGUUAUCUUCCCAUUCUUCCAUCUCCGGGAAGGGAGGGUCGGGGGGGGGGGGUACUCUUACACUACAAAAACAGCAAUUAUAAAAGAAAAAAUAUAAAACAAUAAAAUACAUUUCUACAUUUAAAUUAUUCAUAAUUUUUUUUUUUUUUUUUUUUUAAAAAAUAAAAAGAGUUUUUUUUUUUUAAAAAAUAUUAACCAAAAAAAAAAAAAAAAGAAAAAAAAAAAAAAGAAUGAUGGUGUUUUUUUUCUCCCCCUCCUCCCGGGGGGGGGGGGGGGGGGGGGGGGGGGGGGGUACUCUAGAGGUGUGCCGCUGCAUUGGAUCCUAGAAACAUUGGCCUAUAGCAGACCAUGUUCACCUACAAUUUUGCCACCCUAUACUAGACGAAGUGCCACAUGUUACUGCCCCACCAAGACAAACUAUGAACAACAGGAAGUCCAAUUCAGAUUCUUUAUACUCACUGAUGAAAUUCCUAGACCAAAGUUCUCUGACUAUACUAGACUAAACGCCUUUGAUUUUAACUCCAUCCUUCCAUGAACAAAUACCCGAUUUAGCACAUGUAUGGUAUUGCUCCUCCCUAACCUGACCAAUGUUCCACCGCAGCUGAUCACUCCUUCUUCACUGAGUUUGCAUUCUCCGCAAACAUCACUACAGUGUUCAGCAAUGUAACCUUUUUCUUGCUUACGUCAUGUUUUGCUUUGUUUUAAUAAAAGGUGGACUCUGUGAUUGACAUUUGUUCUGAAGUCAUGAACCUGCGGUCUGUUAGUUACGAAUGUAAAAAGAAACUAGAAGAAAUAAAGGAUGAUUACAAGAUUGAGGUACGGUUAAAUGUUAAACGACAUAUUUGAUUAAAUAUAAUGGUUAAUAGAAAAACGGCUUGUAUGAAUGAUUGCCUUGAAUGCAAAGAGACAAAGCCCUUGAGACCAAAAUUAUCUCCUUGACCAAGAUUAUCUCUUAUCUUGACUAAUCAGAACAGACGUGGAUAAUGUAGGCAACUAGUCAGCGAUAUGUGGAGAUGUCACCGGUGCGAAAGGCUGGAAACGGCUUUGGUUUUACUUCAGAUUGGUUGCCAAUUCACCAGUGGGCCGGUAAUUUUUAUUUUCAGGAAGUAGAAAUCAGUACAAAAUCUUAGCCAUCACUAAUAGGACCCGGAAAAAGCCCUAUUUAACACGUACGCAUAUACUUCCGUCGGAGUGAUUUUCUUCAUAUAAAUUAUCUUGUGAUUCUGUUAAUAUGUACUUUUCAGGGCCAGAGCGCGUGUGAAUACUGGUUGAAGAGAGGAUUGAGCGCCCUGGAACGUUAUUUCUUUCUGAUUCUCUUCAAUGCGUAUCUACAUGAACAGGUAAGAGCUAAGGAAUACAAAGAAAAUUUUACAAAAACCACAUCAAAUAAAGCCCGUGUAGCAGGCACUCGGAAGUUAUGGGUGUGAAAGAGAACGGGGCGCGCAGCAGAGGCAAGCACCUGCUCCGCAGGCCAAAUCAGAUACCGGUAGAGAGAAAACAGGAAAUACCUGCCAGGGGAGGAUGGAACUUUUUUACGAUAGGGGUGUACCGGUAGAACCUUGCAUUCGCCUAUGCUGGCUUGUUCAAAAAAAGUCCUCGUGGACGUAAACAAGCCAACCUACGUACUUAAUCAACGGUAGACUACCAACGGCACUUUUAUGAUCAAUAUUCAAUACUUUCCCUCUCCAGUUCCCGCUCAUGUUUUCACAAACGUUUCGGAAGUGGAUGCAGCGGAGACCUUGGUUGUACCGAAUGCUGAGUCAUAUCGACGUCAUGGAAAGAGGAGUGACGUCAGAGUUUAUGUCCAAAUAUCAGAAUCCCACUUUCUUGGUGAUUAUUGAUUCUUAAUCUUUGUUAGAAGCAAAACAAGGUAUCUUUGCUGGCAUCGAGUAAUCUAUCAACCUAUCGACUGUAUUAGUGUAUGAUUUCAUCGAUACGGACUUAACCGGUAUAAUGAAGAGAAUUACAAAGUGCGUAGGUUAUUAAGUAGCCAAAGUAGGUAGUAUGGGCAACAGAGCAUGUUCUGUGAAACAUUCGUUGUUUGCAAUGGAUCACGUGAUUUCUGAAGGUGAUUUCACCCCACACCAUUUAAUAGGGGCCAUUUCUGAGUUCUCAGGCCUCUGUAUCAAAACAAGGUUAAGUGCUCAGCCUUUGAUACGGAAAUGGUUUUAAUUUUCAUUCUCGUGCAAGUAAAACUCAUUUCCACAAGAAAGAUUGUACACUUGGCCUCAUUUUGAAAGUGAGGGUUUUUGGAACUCAGAAUGGCCUAUUUGUUUAAAUCAGAAAAUAAAGCUCUCUAUAUUGCAGUGUGGAAAAUAGUAUCACUUGCUUUUAAUCUCUUGCUACAGAAUUAUGUUUUGCUCACUAGCUAAUCUAGUCAUGGUUUCUUCAAUAGCGAAAGUUUCCUCGUCUAUUUAUUAUCGGUAUUCAUGAUCAAUCCUUUCAGAGCCCCGGUCAUUUAUUUCUAAAUCCGUUAGUAGGAAAAUGACUUUUUUUGUGUCUCUAAGAGUCGUUCUUUCUGCCCGGUUUUAACCAUCCUUUUUUUUUCUUCGUAGGUUGCUGAUGAGCAAAUUAGUCUCGAUGUCUUAAGUACGAGGCGGGAAUUUGAGGUACAAAUUAAAGCGUAAGCGAAACUUAACUGACUUAGCGAGUGACGUGGCCAUCUCUUUAACGAUCCUAAGGGUGACCAACAUGAAUUUUCUCCUUGGAAUUCUAAUGCAUAAUCAAGAGAAAAGGUUAUGAGAAUUUAGAAAAUGCUGCUCUUUGGUCUUUCAUCAGACGGGAAUGUAUGGAAAACUUGCUUGUGGCUAUUGGGGUUUAAAGGGAUUAUGACCAUGAAUCGUAGAGGGUAACUUAUAGUCUAGUUGUUUUGCAUUAUACUCGUUACUUUUACAAUUGCUUUUACCAGGGAUAUAAUGCAACCAGUUCGUCUGGUGUGAGUUUAAGUAAACCGCUUCUGCUGAAAUCUGUCUGUUUUUUUUUCCCGCUGAACUAAGCAAAGAACUUUAAAGGGGAAAAAAUCCGGUUUUGGUACACUAUAAUUCCAUAACUUGGAUGAUAUUUCCAAAUGCCUGUUGAAGCCUGAUUUACUAUUCAACGCCUGUAUAUUUUCGUUUAGGUUUCAAAUUUUCGCAACGUUCCUGGAUUUCCGGUGUAUGGCAUGUGCCAACCUUCAAGACAGGUGCGACAACCUUAGAAUUUGUGAUUCUGUUGUUGUUUUUUUAAUGUGUGGUAAUUCAUUCUCCUUAUCAACAGUAUUCUGGGCACAGUCGAUUCUCUCUUAACAGACUUGCCCCUUUAUAAGAACAUCACCUCCGUAAAACGGACACCUAGACCUAGUACCUGCCUUUAUCGGCCCCCUGCUUUAUUUGACUGUCUAUAAGACGGACAUCAUUAAUAGUGGCUUAAUAGUGUCGCUCCCAAAGCUAUCCGUCUUGAAGAGAGUUCAUGACUCUACAACCCAACGUUGGAAAGUUCUUGGACUUUUUUGACUAUUUUACUGUUCGUUCCGUUUGCACAGGGUCUAAAUCGUGUUGUAAGCUUUCUUCUCGGAGCAAAAUGCCUUCACCCUAAGGUUGUUCUCUUUAACGUGAGAGAAGACCUCGCAGUAGACUGUGAUGGGAACACAUUAAGUCCAAGAGAGGUAAGCUCGCAAUAGAAAUACUGAAGCUGGCAAGAUUAUUAAAAAGCCGCUUAUAAACAACCUAAUUAUAUAAAUAUUUUCUAGGGUUCUUGUAUAUUGGGUAUCUACUAAGAAUGUUGGUUUUCUUGGGUCUAACCGGCUUUUUAGAUAAAGGCUCACAUUUUUAGUUACUUUCCUGAUUUCCAACACAUGUCUAGCCUCAAAUAACUGAUAUAAUAAGGGACAAUAUCCCCAAUUUUAAGCCGAACAGUUAUUUGUUUCUUAUACGCGGGUUUUUCUUUACUGUCGGUGUCAUGAUCGCACUUGGGCGGGUUGGUUGAUUUCAACGUAUUCCUUUUUGUACUGUUAUAGCUUGCUGCAGGAAUAUGGAAAAAUUUGAAAUUGUUUCAUGGAGCUUUUGGAAGAAUAGCAAAAUUCCUUGGCCAUUUAUAACUUUGUUAACUUGACAAAUUGUGUUUUAGUCCUCGUACGGAUUAAGUUCACUCGGGAGAUCAUGCUCAACCUACUUAAAUAUGAAAUGACUCGUGGGUUCAAACCUUUCCCAGUUUCAUAAUUAUAGACUUUAUAAUUUCAUUUGUUAAAUUCACAUCGUGUUUUGUUUCAAUUUAAGCUUUCCCACCUUUGCGAUCACAUGCCUUACAGAGGAUUGGACACUUCUGGAAUUGAGGUACAUCAAUGAUUUUAAAUACUCCUGAAAAACCUGUUUUUACAGCACUAUCUUAAUUGGCAAUUUGUUACUUUUCUACGCACUGCUAAAAAUUGUGCAUUAUUUUAAAAUUUCAGCAAAAGGAAAAUGAGUUAAGAUCAGACUUACUGAAAAAAGGGAAGAAGCGUCCUGUUCAGGUAGAAUCGUAGUUAUCUUUCUAUAUUUUAUUCUCUCUGACAAAGGAUAUAGACUGUUGUCAUGGCAACGAAUCUCGACCCAGCCUCCUCCGGCGGCAAUGAAAACGCCUAGCUGAAAAAAAUGAAUUUGCAUCCUUUCAAACUUUAUCGCGUCUAUUUCGAGCCGCUCAAUUUGUCAAACGUGCGCGACUAUUCCUGGAGUUGAAUUCUUAUGGACUUUAUCCAUGUUGAAAAAGAGGAAAGAAAAUUUGUCGUCGUAUGUUCACGUUCUCCAUAAAGAGUCGCGUAAGGAGGUUUUACAUCGUAGUCGUGCAAAGUCGAUGUAAAAGAAAUGUACUAACGUAUGAUGCAAGAGCAGAGCAACCUCGUUCCCAGGGUUCUCUCUCUCUCUCUUCCCUAGAGAAAGUACCCUGGUUGCGGCUGGUCACGUGAAAAUGUGUGUCAAUGAAUUUCGCAGAGGGGGUAGGCCCUCCACUAAAUUUUUUCGACUGGACGAUGAUUCAGAAAUACUAUAUGGGGUAGGGAGAAAAUUUUUGCUUCAAAAUAUCGCUUGAGUUUUUGAGUUGCGUGCAAACUACAUUGCUUUCGGCUAGUUACGAUAACAUUAUUUUGAAAACAGAACAGAUUAUUUGUUCAGAGAAUUUGCACUUGAAAAAAUAUUUGCGCACCGUUCUGCCAGCAGGAUACAGAAAAUCUGUCUUGAUUUGCACGUGCAAAGUUAGCUUUUUGUAAAUUUGCAUACUCCGCGUGUGCAGUUCAUGAAAAGGAAAAGAUAAUUCAAAAGUAAGGUUUAAAUGAAACACCACCCAGACGGCAGUUUGAAGAUUGUAAUGGUAUUUUCCACUUUAGUUAAUUUAUCGGCUGGUGAACAAUAUACCAAGUAAAUAGCAUACCUCGCUCCCAGGGUUCUCUCUCUUGCAUUACGCAAUACUAUUUUUUCGAAUUUUUUCGAGCGUUGUUGACAUUUCAAGUUCCUCUCGGACCCCGACAGAGUUCCCCUCCCUUAUUUUUGCAGGCUCUCAAAUUUUGGGGGCCACGUGACCAGCCGCAACCGGGGUUCUUUCUCAAAGCAAGAGAGAGGACACUGGGAACGAGGUUGCGAGCAGAGUUGCGUCUAUUAAUUUAGCUCAUGGGUCGUGAAAAAUUUGCAAUUUUGUCCCCGAAGCCUCAGAAUCAUGUUUGAUUUUUGAUUAAUCCAACUUUGGCUUUCAAACUGACCAGGAUAGUGCAGUCGAUUACUAGAGGGUCUCAAUGGGGUGGUGGCAUUUACGGUUAUCGGCUAAAAUUUUGGCUCUUUUACGGCUAUCGGUUAAUUUUUUUCAGUUACGGUUAACAAAAAAGUUAAAUAUUAACUUCUUUUGUUUCAAAAAGUUAAAUAUUAAUUAGCCCGUAUUUUUUGUAUCUUUAAAGCAAAAUAGAGGUCUUCGUAAUCUUCGUGAGAAAAGCAAAGCACUCACGCGAACGCCCAACUUAAGGCUGGGGCACGACAUUCAUUACAACAGAAAUGGCCGUUUUCACACUAGAGACGGAUUAUUCGUGUGAGACGGGUUAUCCGUUUGAUGAUUCGCGUCAGAUAAGUAAUACGUCUUAAUUUGAAAAUGGAAUAGUUUCAAUUUUGAAUAAAUAAUCCGCCUGACUUUAUCCCUCAAUUUCGACGGACAGUUUGAAGAUGGAUUAUCCGUUCCAGAUGGCCUGUGUACGGCCGCCCACUCCCCUCAAAAAAAAUCGGAGAAGAGGUGUCUGUCGGGAAGAGGGCGACCGUAUACAGGCUAGUCUCAGACUGAUAAUCUCCAGCUCUAGUGUGAAAACGGCCAGUAACAAAAUUCCCGUGUCCAGUGUUUUUAAUGAUAGCGAAGGACUGUACUGAACGACUGUCAGCCGUUGCCUUGUCCAUAAGCCUCAUUGUUUCGCACGGCUAAUGCGUUUCGGGUAACGUGGUCCGAGCGAGUUCGCCACCGAAAUGCCUUGAUCGAGAUGGCGUGGGAAGACGCCAUACAGGGACUAGUCAUGGCAAUGUCUACCGUAGCGUCAGAGAAAAAUAGGGAAAUGUUGUUUAUCGGCAAAGUGUUUUACAGACAGUGACAUCUCUGCGUGCUGUUUCACUAGUGUUUCGAGGACACGACCUUCUGAAAAUCGCAAAUAUUAAUUCCCAGCAAGAAGCCAGACUUUCGCUAUGGAAAAAAUUAUUUUCCUGAAAGAGCGGCGGGAGUGGAGCCUAGGUCUUGGUCAACACCUAAAAGGUGCUUGGCCUAACGUGCGUACAGAGUCAGAGUAGCUGGGAAAUAAAAAAACGCAACUAUAAGUGUCAUAAGUGAGCUUAGUAUCUUCCUUAAAAGUAGCAAAUCUAGGGAACAAUUUCUUUUACGGUUAACUCUUUUUUACCCUAUUUACGGCUAACGGUUAAAAUUUUUCAAUUUUUACGGCUAUCGACUAAAUUUUUAGCCGUUUUACGCCUAUCGGUUAACCCCAUUGAGACCCUCUUACUAGUAUACUGUGCCUGACCCACUAUCAGGAGACAUUUACUUAUAACUGGACUUUGACGACUCUGAAUUUUUCUUAGAAAGCGCGGGGCUAUAGGAAUUCAGUGUUUUAGUUUUUAACUUUAAGAGUUUGUUAUCCUCGUUUAGGUGUAUUUGGAUAUCAACUCACAGCCGGAGGAGCGGGAUUUCAACAGUGUUUUGACUUUGCGAGAAUCAGCGGAGCUGUGCAUAUCAAAGCAUCCACAAACAACGUACUUUAGGUUGCCGCUACCAGAAGAUAAGGCACCUGAGGAAAAGGUAAAAUCAACGCCUCCGGGGGUUACUCCUAGGAAUUCUUGGCGGGGGUGUGCCGCCCGGUUCUCUAAAUCCUCACCCUAUUUCAGACCAAAAAAUCACACCCGUUUUCAGACCUGGCCUAUAAAAAAUUAAUUUUGUCAUCAUUUCUUAGAUUUGAACGAUUUCGAGUUCGCAUAUUUCUCAUUCUGUCUUACUCAAAUACGUUCAUACAGACUUAUAGUUCUAUACCCGUUUUCAGACAAAAAAGGCCCAAAAACCAUAUCCCUUGGUGCAGCACAUAUCUAUAUGGCUCUAUGUAUGGCCAGGCUCUUGGUAUGGCUUAUAUAAUGGAGUCUUCCCCGGGAAGUAGCGCUGUGCGGGCGAAGGAAUUUCUCUAUCCUGUGCAGAAAUAGACUUGAAAUCUCACUCUCCGUUUUCAGCCUCGCUUUAGACCUUCUGUUUUACUCUUCGCACGUACUUGACUACUCAACAAGGACUGUUUUGCAGUCUGGUGCAGAGGCAAUAUUAGUGACCAAGUAGAUGCUCCAUAAUAUUAAAUAAGGCCAACUUACAGACACCGGUGGAGACUAACAUCACUAUUUUUGCAAAGUAUGUUGUUGGUUAUUUAGUGUCUUCUUUGGUAGGGCAAACUGAAAAAUGUUUGGGGUAAACACCAACGGAUUAAAGUCACCGCCCAGGGAGGCAAAACUCUGAGCUGGGACCGUGAACUUCUUCGUUUACAACUAGUCGAAACUAGGCAGCACACUUGAAUGAUCUUACCAUUUGAGCUCUAGCCAUGCCUUCUGCUAUAAGUGUGUUCCUUAAUAACCGUGAGCAAAGCUUUCUCGAGCUGAAAGAAGUUCAUAACUAAGCAAACAUAGCCUAAAGAUCGUGUCAGAAAAUUUUACGCUUGUGCGGACGUCACAGAGAGCCCAUAGUUAUGACGCACACACAUGGCAACCAAGGUUGAAAAUACUUCCUCCAUGACCUUAAUUUUCACUUAAUACAGUAUACAGUCGAACCUCCUAUAAGCGACUACCUAUCCGAAACACCGAAAUUAAUUCUCCCAGUCAAAGACUUAGUUAUAGUUGAACCCCUCGUAAACUACCACCUCUCGUAAGCGACUGUAACCAAUUUUUAGGAUGACGGUUUUAGGAUUGUCCCUUGUUUCUAUCCUUUUCUAAGCGAUAACCUGGGACAAUGGUUUGAUUUUGUGUUUACUGUAUAUAGUACGGUACUCAGAGUGUGAAAAGAAGUGUUAGAAAGCAAAAAAGGAUUCACAGGUAUUGUAACCUAAAAGUUGCAUGAAUACUUUCUCUGCAAAAAGUAGAUGUGUCCGGACUCCUGCAGUUCGACGGUCGUAAGCGAUUACCUCCUGUAAGCAACCACGUACUCUGUCUAACCAUUUUGGUGGUCGCUUAUACUAGAGGUUCGAGUGUAUUUUGUUUGCUUUUAACAGAUUUUUUCCCGAACUGGACUUCCUAUUUUCCUUUAGUUAGAUCAUUGCUACCUCUUAGAGCUAAGAUAUCCUGAAACCAAUUCCAUGAGGGAUUCUAUUCGAGUAAUCGUCUUUCUUUCUUUCUCAGUUAUCUGAUCAAGACAUUUUCUUUGCAGGAUUUUGAUCGCAUAUUGUUGAUCCUUAACAACCUACAUGAGAUUUACACCGAUGAAGACGGACCUGCCUUGGUGUUUAACUGCGAACAGGGUAAAGGUCGAACAACCACAGGAAUGGCAAUAGCGGCACUUAUAUACUGCAACAAAAAGGUAAAUGAUACCGUCUCCUUUUCAGGCACUUCGUAUUUCGCAUAGAGACGUGCGCGGAACGCGAGUGACUAGUGACGAAGCGCAAUGGACCAUGGGAAUGAGAAAGGAGAGAGACGUCUGGGUGCGAGGCGUUUUGUUUCAUGAGUCUUUUAUUCCAUAUGGGACUCCUGGCGAAUUUUAUUGUCCUGUCUGUUUUCUUGUCUCAGUUUACACUGGAAACGGUGAAGAGGCGAUCGUAGGUUUUAUGUAAACUCAAACAGCCCGCUGUUUCAGGCGUUCAGUUAGAAGAGAGUGGUGCGACUAUGAAAAGAAGAUCGAAAAAAAAAAAGCGCUAGGAAAGGAGAGAAAGCGUCCCCAUUCCUUGGAACAGACUAAAACUUUGAGAGCUCUAGCCUGCGAGCAAGUGGGGAUAGCGAGAUAUGUCCUACCUUAUCUAAUCCGCCAAACGCUGGCCUGGACGUAGGGCAAUACUGGACGAUUUCAAGUUCGAUUUAAAGAAAUGAAAAUGUUAGUUUGUGUACCAGAUAUUCCAGUAAGAUGAAUUUGUCAUAGCUUUCUCUGAUCCGAGAGAGAUUUUUUUGUAGUGAGAAAGUAUUCGUGUUGUAGACUGUUGUGUCUGUGAAAAUUGCUUGACCUUCAUAUUUAUUACCUUCAUUUCAAUCUUUUAGGGGUUUCCCGUUGGCACUAGAGUAGAUGAACAAGAUCCAGCUUGUGUCCCGAACGCAAAGUAUACCCUGGGAGAAUUUGCUGUAAGUGUUGCGUGUUAAAUAAUGGUCUAUAGUUAUAAAAGGGUACCAUAAACCUCUGAUGUACAGUUUCUAACCUUAUUCAUUUAGAAAACUGGAAACAUUUUAAACUGUAUUUGCAUACUUUAAGCGCAUGGAUUUAUGGAAGGGUGGAAUAUAAAACUAGAGAAGAUUACCAUACGACAUGUUAGGCAGGGUAGCACAUUGAAGAGUUAUCUUUAAGAAAUCGAAGAGAAAAAAUGGUAGUUAACAACAACAAACGUCAAACGCGUAACCUAUUGGUUGUAGUUAUCUCUUGUAGUCUGUGAUGUCAGUGGAAUUUUCUAAAUGGGUGACCAUUUAUAGACAAAGAAAACCAGUCUUAAUAGAUCGAUUUUGGUUGAACGUAUGCUUUGUUUCCCGUAUGUAGCUCAACACGUUCUUAGGGAAUUUUGUCCUUUGUCUUUUCAUAAAAAAAACAUUUUUUAUUUUUUGUUUCAUUUUUUGUUUUUUCUUUCUUCGUGAACAAGAAGAUAUUUGAAAGAAAUAUUUCGAUAUAUAUAGGUAACCUUGGGUACAGACGCCCCCUCCCCUAAAAAGCAGUCGGGGAGAGACGAUUGUGUCUCUGUUCCUCUUUUUUUAUUGCGAGGUCAAUAGGCCAUUUGCACCAUGGAGUCACUUUUCUACGAAGACCAGAAUCCUAUUCGUUUCUCCUUUCAUAAUGUAAAUUUGGUUAUCCCAGCCAGGUUUAAAGAACAAAAGUCCUAAUUUGAACAAGAAAAAAAAAUGAAGGAUUCUGGUCAUAGUAGUAAAAUGACGUCAUCUUGCAAAUGCCUAUUCAGGCUAAAAUUAAAAACAACCGAGCUCGUUCCCAGCCCGGUCUAUCUACUUCCAGGGCUCUGUCCCUCCAGGGAGAAGAAAAAAGCCUGGAAACGAAGUUGAAUCAUAGAAAAGUUGAAAAAAGCUUAAGAGGUUAGGCUGCUGACCUCAGCAGAGGCGAAAAAUGUUUUUUUUGCUAAUAUUUCUUCAGGUUAUUCGUCACCUCAAACGGGUUUUGCCAAGUGGUCCUCAAAGGAAACGAGAGGUUGAUUAUGUUCUGGACAGAAUCUCAGAAACCAUGACACCGAUGCAUUACCAUCCGAGAGAAGUAAUCUUCUCCACUUUUAACUUGGUGAGUGAAUAAAGCUUUUCAUAUAACCCUUUAGUCAUUGUCGGGGAGGCUCGGCUCCGAGGUCCAACCUCUUACCCUUUUUGACAGUAAAGGUACUUCCUUCGUAUACCGCUUCUACUGACAAAUGGUACCCCUUUCACAUACCUAGUUUAGAACAAUGCAUCUCUUUUAACUUCUGUAAAUGACCUGCCUUUUUAAUAUGCGUUAUGGUCAACUUUUUGUCUUGUUUUUCUGCGUAAUUAUUAUGUAAACAGUAACGGAGCAGCACUUGCUCAACCAUCCCUGAUAGAUAGCGUCCUAUGCCACCUGCCCACGUCGGAUCUUUCUGUACCUAUUUUUUUGUGAUUCUUUCACCUUUUCUUCCUAUUACACUGCUGAAUUAUAGUUGUUUUUUUGUUUUAACAGUACCGGAGCAGUUGUUGCGCAAGCCGUGAAAAGUGUCUUGAGCUACGUAAAAGAAGCCUGUACUAUUUGGAAAGAUAUUUUUACCUUAUCCUGUUUAACACUUAUCUUCACAUGGAGAGGAGAACAAAAUGGCAGCGAUCUUUUAGCCAGUGGAUGAUGGAAGUUGCAACAGCAGCUGGUGUUUACGAAAUUCUCGACAAUUUUGGUUUCCACGAUUUUGAAAAGACCGAGGAGCGACUGCGCGCGCUGCGAUGGAGAUGGCGGGAAGGUUACAAAGGGAACUCGACAAAUUGAAACCGUUCUGAAGGGGGUAGGGGGGAGGGGGGAGGGAGAGCUAGGGGAGGGGGAGGGGGAAUAAUAGACCUUAUUCACGAUACCCGCCAUCUUUGCACGCGGUUUAGGAUUAAUGGGGUAAAAGCAAUGUCACGUUUUAUUUCCGGGGGGGGGGGGGAGAAAAAUUUUGGCAUUGGGAGUAAUCGGGGUCGGGUUUGUUUUUUCUUUCAAAACGAAACGACAAUUAAAAGACUUCGAAAAUAAAAAGUUCAUGUUUCGGCAACUUUUCUUCAAUCAUUUCUUCCUUGGAGUACAGUAGAAGAAACUAAGAGGAUGUGGGGAGAGGAGGGAGAGAAGUUAGAAAAGGGUGGGUAAGGCAUAUAGGAGAAAGAAUGCAUAUCCCCGUUUCGCCCUUUUUUUAACGGUGUGAAGUGUAGGUUAUGAACUAAAGUGAGAUGAGUAUAUAAAGGGGGGGGGGGGGGGGAGAUAAAUUUUGGCAUUAGGAGUAAUCGCGGUCGAGUUUGUUUAUUCUAUCAAAACGAAGCGACGAUUAAAAGACUUCGAAAAUGAACAGUUCGAGUUUCGGCAAGUUUUACUUCAUCAUUGCUUCCUCUGAGGACAUCUAAGGUCGCUAUUGCAUCCAAAAAGGUGACAGUGAAUGACACUGACGGAAAAACUUAACUUAGGGUCAUAGUCCCUGAGGGGCGGAGAACGCGAAUUUUGUCUUUACAUCUCUUCUAAAAAAUUAAUAGUCUAGGAAGAAAAAUGAAAAGAAAUCUGCAGUCCUAGAUUUGACAUGUUUUUGAAAAGUAAAUGAUGUAAAAUAAAAAGAUAACAUUAUCGUAAUUAGUACAAUAUUAAAGAAAACUAAAAUAUUGACUUAGUCAUUUAGUCCCUUAAGUGUAAGAUACAUUAUAAAUAUAGUGCAACUAAAAAAACUAUUAUUGUAAUUGUAAAAUAGCGGUAUUUAAUUUAUUGAAGCGGAUUUAAGACAUCAAUUAGAACUGACGACCUGGCAUAGAUUUUUAAAUGCCUCGGUCCUGAUGGAAUGGAAUACAUGUGUAUUGACGGGAAAGGAGAAUAUUCUAAACACUGUCGUUGUAUUUCAGUUAGGGGCACAGAAGGGGUUAAAUCUCUGACUUAAAAUAUCAGAGUAACGAAUCAAAGUCAACCUCCCCUAAGAAACCACAAAAUCUUCAUGGUCUCUUACGGGGAUUUCUAAGUCGCCCCUUGUAAGGAAAACCAAAACAGUCUUGGAAUCUGGAUUUCAGGCCGUGGAUUCCUCAUUCCAGUUUUCACAAGUAAAAAUCUCUCGGAUUCCGGAAUCCGGAAUCCCUCCCUUGGAGGGAUCCAAGCCACGAGGGAUUCCAUGAUUUACUGAUCAGCAAAACGUUUCUCAGGGAAUCGCGGGAGAUGGGGCAGCAUUUGGCUAGUUAUGUGCGAUCCAAGAACUUCCUGUGUAAGAAAGUUAGGCGCUAACUUUUUAUUCGGAUGGAAGAUUUUGGUAAAGAGUUUUUUGGGACUGACGAAAGUGGUUAUCAUGAAAGUUCAUACAGUGGGACACUUCUAUUCAUGGGACACCUCCAUUCAGGGGACAGAAAAUUUGGCCCCGGAAAAAAUGUUCAUAUAUAUAACCUUUGUAUUUGUUAACUCUAUAUUGACGGGACACCUCUAUUCAGGAGAAAGGGACUCUUUUUCUGGGUCCCGAAAGCCAGUGUUAACUUUCUUUCGGGGGACACCUUAGUACUCCAACCGUGUCUGACCACAAAAAGGGUUGAUAAGUUUCAUUGUUCUUUAGUCAAAAUGGCUACAGUUUUCAAAACAUGAAAUAUCUCACUAAAAUCGACGUACUAAACUUGUGGUUUCAGGAGUUAAAUAAUGAUUGUUUUAUGUAUUUAUAUUGUUUAGCUGCUUGAAUGAUUACAGCAGAUUCCUAUGCAGAAUAAAAGAAAAAUAUUUUA